AGCCACCUCUGCAACGAUGCCGGAUUACGACGGCCCAACCACUAGUUUCAACAUAGAAAGCCAGCCAUGGUACUGCGGUCUGGUCACCCGCAUAAAUUCCGAGAAGAUGCUCACCGAUAAUGGCGAUUUUUUGGUUCGUGACUCAAUCUCCAUGCCAGGGGAGUAUGUACUAACAGCCAUGUGGAACGGACGUCCUCUUCAUUUUCAAAUCAACACAGUCUGCGAAAAUGGAAAGAAACACUUCCAUCUAGAAGAAGAAUCGUUUGCCUCUGUAGCUGCCCUGAUCAACUUUUAUCGAAGUCAUCGCCGCCCAGUGACAGCAGCAUCCGGAUGCAUCAUCUCCACACCUGUAGACCGCACUCGUGAAGCGGCUACCUGUGAUGGAUCAGAACUUGAAGCUAGCUACAUGCAUGUGCUUGCGCCACAUGCGGGUCACGUCACGCCACGAUCGCUUUCACGGCGUGUCUUACUAAAUCAGACGGCACUUCGACAGCAGCGUCCACGGUCCACUAUCGGCCAUGAUCAUACGAGCACAGCGCCGGACACCAUUUUGGUACCACCAGUGCCGGCAGCUUUAAGGAAUCGUCCACUUCCACUGCCUAUACGGUCUCCACGAAAUACUCAAGAAGUCGAAGAAGAUUAUUCGGAAAUGGACUAUGAUGCGAUGGAUGGAAUUUUGGAUGCGUCAUCAACAUUCGACGAAAAGGUCCGCAGCUCAAGCACAGCUUCACUACCUGGAAUGUGCAGACAGUUUCAGUCCUGCCACAACCUCAGUUAUAGGUCGCAGUCCCCUUCAAUGAAGAUUCCCUCGCCCAUCCCUACUCGACCACCCUUACCUCCUCGGCCUAAUCUCAAUGUCGCGGCCGUUGAAAAAACCACUGCCCCUUGCCAGCUUACGGAAACAAAUAACGAUGAUUAUGACGAGCCGCGCACAAAGCAAGAAGAUUAUCAAUACGACGAGUUGUUAUCCUCGAAAUUUCGAAAUCGAGACUCUGAUCAAAAUCGUUUGAGCGCAUCAAGUGAUGACAGCAUUGAGAGUAAUGCCAGAGAUUCUCGAGACUCAGGGAUUUACGGCUCCCCUUCUCCUCCAGAAAAACAUCAUUCCUUUCUGUCACAAGUGCAGAUGAUGCGACUUAAACAAUUUCUGCUUACUAAAAGUGCGGAUGAGAUAGCGCUAGCAACGUCGCACGAGCAUGCUAGAUUACUGCUACUUUUGAGGCCACCUGAGGGUGACGACAAGAGGGCGGACAAUGGGUUACGACAGGUACUACUUCCAAGCGGUGCAGUACUGAGACAGGAACUACUGAAAAGACUGUGCAUGCUCCACUAUGCCUGCUUGCUUUCCAUAAUUUCUGGAGCGCGUAGAGAUGCUUCGUUAAUUUUGAGAAAAUGGAUUUUCGCAGGUGUCUCGAUGGCUCGACACGGAGACGCCUUCGCAUGUGCAUGCAUAGCUGAUACCCUCAGUGAACCAUUCCUCUGUGAGCUAUCUUGGCUGUGGGCAGCGCUUGAUCCUCCGACAAGGGAUGAAUAUGAGGUUCUACAGAACCUCGGAAAAUCACUAAAGGGAGGUGAAAACCUUGAGAGGUACAACCAUGCGACAGUAAUUCCUUUCCUGCAACCUGUGUUGGAGAUUCUCACAGGCAAGGAGUCAAGAUACCUAAAUCGGACAAACUACGCAUAUGAAAUUGAUUCUUUAUGGAAAUGGCUUGACACUGCCCGCGACUGGUCGAUGCGAGCAGACGAGCUGAGCAAAGCAGCGACCGUCAAAUACUACCGAACUGACGGAACCAUGAUGACGUCGACGUUUCUCAGCCAACUAGUUGUGGGGGGAAGUAAACCUGAAGACUGGCAGGAAGUGCUAGAUGGUGUUAUUCGAUGUUUCAAAGAUCAGCCAUAACAGCUCUAUUUUUGUAGAGUUUGUUG